GAGUUUAAAAGAACUAAAAAGAUAUUCAUAUGACAACAACAAAAAAAAAAACCAACGACAUUAUAAAGUAUGAACAACCUUGGGAUCUCAUUACUAUGCACUAUGUACAGCACUGAUGGAAAAAUGAAGAAGGUGCUUGUACUUUAAUAACAAGGAUUAUGAUACUAAGAGAGAGCAAAAAAAAAAAAAAAUUAUGAAGGCCAUCAUCUACUCACCCAUCAAUGUCAUCUAAAAACAUGGAUAACAAAACUAAGUACAAAAUGUCUUCGCAAAUGCGACUAAACGAAAUUUCUCGUCCAACUGCCAAUAUCCAAUGUGACCACCAUCACCGCACGUCCAUGUAUCGACCUCUUUCACCAGGGUGCCAUUGCCAUCACAUGCCCGCCACUGCCAAUACUGCCGCCAACUCUACCACCACCGCCGCUCCAUCAGCAGCAUCUGUUCAUCCACCUUCAUCAUCUAGUCUAGGCGAUAGCAGUUCCUGCAUAUGUUCCCACCACUACCAUUACAUUCAGCACCAUCGGCCAAACAGUCCGGCGAAUCCUCGCACUUCGACACCACCUCUACCGCCACCUUUGUUACCCGAACGCAUUGGCUGUUGCCAAUCCACUUGUGAGGAUAACAAUGACAGGCAAAUUAGUGGUGCAACUCAUGUAGCCGUUACAGUGCACCAACACCAGCACCAUACAGCGCCAUCAUCGGCAGCACCCGCAACACAACAAGCCUCCCAGCACUCUCUGCACCACCAAUACCAAGCGCUCGAUGAGACCACAAAUGACGAGCACGAGGACUGUGAGUGUUGCGAGGCGGCGAGUGGCCAUGCCCAUCAUGCCAAUACUGACCACCCGAGUGGACGCAGCUCCUCUCGACUGGUCUCUGCGGACGAGAUUAUUCCUAGCGGCUCCGAAGACAAUGCUGCCAUACUGCAACGUUGCUGCCAGCACAAUCACAGAAAAAGCCACAGGAAUAGAUUAGGGGAUCAGCUGCUGAGCUCGAAGGCUAGGGCCGGAAGCAUGCAGAAGCGUUCACGAAUUGAUGAGGAGAAUUACUCGACUGGCAUCGAGGUUUACAGCGAUGGAGCGGAUUCCGGUGUUAAAGUUACAGAUGGUGCUACCUCUGAGGAGGAUCAGGGCCCACCAUUGCCGCCUCGUCCACCGCCUAGACCGAGAAAUGUGCCGGCCAAUUUCAAUCGUAAGUAG